AUGUUAAUAUAUGAAUUUCGUGUUAUUCUGCCUUUGACCGUUGACGAGUACCAAGUUGCUCAACUUUACGCCGUCGCAAAAGCAUCCAAAGAACAAACCGGCGGUGGCGACGGCGUUGAGGUCCUGGAGAAUUGCCCUUUUAAUAACAGCACCUUUCCUCCGACCACUCCACUUCUUGCUGGCUACACAAAUGGUCAGUAUACCCAUAAAAUAUACCACAUGGCGCGUAAACUGCCGUCGUUUUUGUCAUCACUUCUUCCUCCAAGUUUAAUGACAUUCAAUGAAAUUGCAUGGAAUGCUUAUCCCUACUGCCGAACUGUCUUGACGGCACACAACCUCCCUCCUGAUCUACUUGCAAAAAGAAAGGUCGUUUAUGUUGAUAUUUCUACGCCACUAGCAUCUGGCGAAACUAAACCUGGUGAAGAUCCAACUGAAUAUGUUUCCAAAAAAACUGGCAGAGGCCCACUGCAAAAGGAACGAUGGUGGGAGAAAACACACAAUUGCCCUGUUAUGUGCGCCUACAAGUUAGUGACUUGUGAAUUUAAAGUCUGGGGUCUCCAGGGCCGUAUUGAAGAUCUGAUUCAACGCCAAGAGUUGCGAGUGUUCACGAUUUUCCAUCGUCAGCUCUUCUGUUGGACCGACGAGUGGUACGGCAUGACGAUGGCGGACAUCCGCAAACUCGAAGACGCCACGAAGGAAGAGCUAGAAUUGGUGAGUGUGCGCGAGAUCGACGUACUCCCGAUUGUAUCUUUUGAAACCACAAUGAGUUAUCUGUCUUCAAAUGUGGCGAUUUCUCUUUCAAUAUACCAUUCUCGCAACGCAAGUCGUCACAGCUGCGCGGGCUGGCGAUUAACGAGUCGAAAAGAGCAUCGACUCACCGAGGCUUCGUUGCUGUUGGACGAACGCGAGUUCCUGCGACCCGACGCGGAGUGA